UUUUUAGACAACAACAAACACAAAGACUUCAGAGAGAAGUCAGAAACCAUCGCUCCUCUUCCUCCUCCUCUUCCUCGGUCAGAGUCAGCUUCUCUCCCCGGGCUCCCUGCACCUCGCCCCGGCCUCACAGCAUGUCUCAGGCCGGCUCUCAGUCACCAGAGGACGGACUCUACGACUCCUGGGUGGAGCUGGAGGAUCUGAUGGCCGCCGUCAGCAGGGACAGUCUCACAGGUCAGGACAGUUUCCCCUCCUCCCUGCAGGGGGAGCUGGAGAGGAUCCUGCUGGAGGCGCAGCUGGAGUGUGAGAGGAGUCGAGACAGUCCCCCCCAGGAGGGGACUCCGACCCCCCCUGGUUCCCCCAGACCCAGCAGUGAGCAUGACAGCGACUGCAUCACCAUACAGGAGGAAGCUGACCGGAGAGGAGACACUGACUGGGUGUGGGACUGGUCCAGUAGACCUGAAAAUAUGGCACCAAAAGAGUUUGUGUUUCAGCACCCGAAGCAGCAGGGCUCCUUCAGCGUGAGGAAGACGGAGGUGAUGAAGAGAGGAAUCUUCUCCUACGACGUCCUCCUCAUCCUCAUUCCCUCCCUGCUGGCUUCACACCUGCUCACACUGGGAGUCGGGAUCUACAUAGGAAAGAGAUUGGCUGCAUCCACAACCAGCACGCUGUGACGUUGGCUGUAACCCCAAAUCCCCCCGAAUCCCCCUCUUUGUGGCCAUGAGGUCAGACUGUUAGCACACUACUUUGUCUCCUUCCUCCUUCCUCCUUCUUCUUCGUCACGGGGAAACCUUUAGGACCUCUGAACCUCCGUCUCUCCGUCCAUCUGUUGGCGAGCAACUCUGAUCUGAGCCGGGAAACAUUCAUCAGAGAGUUAGAACAAUACAACCCUUUGAUAGGAGGAGAUGAAAACGGCUUCUCGACUGAGAUGAGAAAUAUAAUAUGUGGUAGCUUUACCGCCCCAACCUUUGACAAAGCUGAAUGUGUGUCAUUUGUCAAAAGUAAUGACCCUCUGUAACACUGAGCUGCUGGAGGGGCUUUUUAGUUGGCUGAGUGAAUGUAGGAUCGGCUCUAGUUGUGCUUUUUGUCUCGUAAAGUAAUUAAAUGUUCGACCUCCAACAAAGACAAUCCAAACCCCAUUAAAGUUCACUCCUCAAAACCUUUAA